AUGUCGCAGUUCAUACCGCUUUCCCCCUCCUCGCCCUCCUCGCCCGAGUCGCCGGGCCUGCGACCGCGGCAACCCAGCCUCGACCCCGAACGCGAGAUCCUCUCGACCCGCGGGCAGCGCUUCUUGAACUUCUUGCCAAGUCGCGGCUCCAGCACGGCGCUGCACGAGCUGCAUGAGGAGCCACCCACGUUCCUGCGCCGUGGUUCGCAAUUGAUUGGGCACAGCAAUCCCCGCUAUGAAUGGCCCAUUGAAUCCCCAGCGCGGGUCAUCCCCGUCCAAGCUGACUGGAGAAGCCGGAAAUACUACGAGCGGAACAACGCCGUUAUCUCACAGUAUCUCUAUAUCGACCGUCUGCUGGACUCGUCUCUUCCGCACAAUCUCAUCGACGACUACGACGAGUCCCACCACCACCAUCAUCAUCAUCACCACCACCACCACCAUCCACAUGCAUUGGAAGACCAUGCAUACCAGCAACACGCCGAAAAUCCUCCCGAGGUAACCGCUGCCCAGGCCAAGGCGGCCCGCAUCAAGCGCACGCCACAUAACCUCUAUCGCAUCCCCGAUGAGACCGCACCCUUGCUCGAACCCAGUGCGGAGGAGGAAGUUUGUUCCCACCACGCCAUGCCAGAUCUGGAAUCCCACAGUGGCAUGCCUCCUGAGAAAGAGGAACGUCUGAUCAACUUAGCCAUUCGCAUCAACUUCGUGGCCAAUGUGCUGCUGCUGGCAUCCAAGGUGGCCAUUAUGGUGCUGACGAAUUCCAUGUCCGUCCUGGCGGGUCUCGUCGACGGCGUCCUCGACUUCCUGAGCACUGCCAUCGUAUGGACUACCAAUAUCAUGAUCCGCCGGCAAGACCGAAAUCGGUACCCGAUCAGUCGACGACGGCUGGAACCGCUCAGCGUCUUGGUCUUUUCCGUCAUCAUGGUCACCUCCUUCUUUCAAGUCGGGCUGACGUCGUUCAAUCGCUUGAUCGGCGAGAAUCUGACCCUCGUGCAGCUGUCUGUGCCCUCCCUGGUGCUCAUGGCAGCGACCGUCAUUGUCAAAUUACUCUGUUGGAUUUGGUGCCGUCUCAUACCCAGCCCCAGCGUACAGGUUCUGGCGCAGGACGCCAUGACGGAUGUGAUUUUCAAUACCUUCAGCAUCAUCUUCCCUCUUGUCGGUUCAUUUGCCCACCUCUGGUACCUGGAUCCCCUGGGCGGCCUCGUCCUAUCGGUGUAUAUCAUGUGGAACUGGGGUUCUACUGCAAGUGAAUAUAUCCGUCGACUGACCGGUGCCGCUGCCUCCCCAGAGGACCACAAUAUCCUGCUCUACAUGACCAUGCGCUUCUCGCGCGUCAUCCAGAAAAUCCAAGACCUCAAGGCCUACUACGCAGGGGACAAACUCAACGUCGAAGUGGACCUGGUCGUGGAUGAAAAGACAAGCCUGCGCGAUGCGCACGAUGUGGGUGAGAGCCUGCAGUAUAUCCUCGAGAGUGUGCCCACCGUCGAUCGGGCUUUUGUACAUUUGGAUUACGAUCCCUGGAACUUGCCGAGCCAUAUGAAUCAGCUAGACCGGUAG